AUGCGCAGCACGGAGCGUGAAGCUGGUGACUUCCUGGACGCCUCCACGUCCUUGGACGCCACCACCAGCUUCCAGGAGUCAGGCAUCUUCGACACGUCAUGCGAGCUGGUGCAUGUGACCACGCAGACCGACCUGUCCCAGGGCGGUCCGCUGUCUGCCUCCGGCCAUGAGCUGAAAAUGAAGUCGGAAUGCGACCUGCAGCAGGCGGAGAGCGACCUUCAGAGCGCGGUGGCGCGCCUGGCCGCCAUCCGCUCGGCCGUGCAAGGCGCGACUUGCGCCACCUCAGGUUGCAGGACCUCCAGCAAGGCGGAGUAUGACAGCUUCGUGGAGGGCGAGCGGCGUCUUCAGCACGAGCUUGAGCACCUCAAGUGCGAGAAGGAGCAUUUGACCGUCGAGUGUGAGUCGCUCAAGAACCAGAUCACGUCGCUCAAGACCGGGUAA